CGAAAAAUAAAUCGUUGAGAAUCAGUUUUGGAUUGACAACGUGAAAAAAUGGCUCUCCCGUUUUUACCGGGGAACACAUUCACAGAUCCUACGAAGAGGAAAUAUCACAGAUCACAGUCUCUUGGCUACAAAAAUGGCUACGCCCUGUCCAAUCGACCGGAGGUUGGCAUAGGUGGGGAGCCCAUCGAAGUAAACCAACUUUCCCUGGCUGAGCUGGAAGAGUUGAACAACAAACGACCAACUCUGACCUACGGUCAAGCCAAGCAAGCCCCACCAGAGGACUUCAUCCCUGCCCAUGUUGCAUUCGAUAAAAAGGUGCUGAAGUUUGACGCCUACUUUCAACAGACAGUUCACGAAUCCCGCAAUGAAUAUUACCGUGUACGUCCAGUCAUUAUUUAUUACUAUCUGGAAGACGACAGCAUUUCAGUCGUUGAGCCUCAUGUUGAGAACAGUGGAAUGCCCCAGGGCAAGCUGAUAAAGAGACAACGACUCCCUAAGAAUGACCAGGGAGAUUACUGGCACUGGAAGGAUCUUAACAUAGACAUCAACGUCACAUUCUAUGGCAAGAUCUUCCACAUCACAGACUGUGACAAGUGGACAAAGGAGUACAUGGCAAGUGAAGGAAUUGAGCUUGACACACCCCAGGGAGUUCCAAACGACCCGUACAUUGAAUCCCGCAAGGAGUCGGCCGCCCUCCGUACCUACCAGACUAAGACAACGUUUGACAAGCUCAAACAGUUCCUAGAGCUUGAUCGACAGGUGCUGCGUUUCUACAGCGUAUGGGAUGACCGUGAUAGUAUGUUUGGUGAGAUGCGUCCAUACAUCAUCCAGUUCUAUCUGGUCAAUGAUACCGUGGAGGUUCGGGAAGCUCAUGAGCCCAAUGACGGUCGCGACCCGUUCCCUCUCUUACUCAAGCGUCAAAAGCUGCCAAAGGAUCGCUACAAUGUUGAAUCAUCCUUCCCCGCCGUCGUAAUGGAACUGUCCGAUCAUGAAAUCAAACAGUGGUGUACUCCUCAAGAUUUCUGGAUCGGUAAGACAGUCUUCAUCUACAACCGACCAUUCCUGAUCUACGAUACCGAUGAGUUCACCAAGGCAUGGAUGCAUCAGAAGUACGGCUUCAAAGAUUUCACCCCAGUGGAGGUGAAAGGUCCAGCUAAGAACCUACCUUCCAUGAAUCUACCGCCUUAUAAUGGGUUCGGUUCCUUGGAGGAUUCUUUGCAGUCUUGUCUCUCCCUCGUACCUCAACCUCCCAAGAAAGACUUCAUUAAAAUGUUGGAGAACGACCACAAACAACUAAGAUUUGAAGCAGUCCUUGAUUCCGUUAAACCAGAGGAUCGCGGUCGCCGAUUCAUCAUCUCCUACCGCCUUGCUGAUGACAUGGUCACCAUCUUCGAGCCGCCCGUGCGGAACUCGGGCAUCAUCAGCGGGAAGUUCCUUGAGCCGACUCGCGUCACUAAACCAAACUCCAUCCCGGAGAGACCCGAGUUCUAUGGACCUCAGGACAUGUACAUCGGCGCAGUCAUCCAGGUCUUCAGUCAUCGCUUCGUCAUCACAGACGCUGACAACUACGUGCUGUCGUACUUGGAGGCAAACAGCGGCGACUUUCCUGGGAGUCAGAAGACGAUUGACACGAUCCGAGAGAGGAGAUCUUACGGUGAGCCAACGAUGAAGACAUCGGUGAAGGGCGCCCCCAUGCAAGUCAAGAGAAGUCCCGGUGAUCUGAAGAGGUUGAUUCACGAAAUUAAAGCUCAGCUGCGGAAAGAUAACUACAUCAACUUCAACUCCCUGACUGAAGCAUUCUUACAAUACGACCGGGACCGUUCAGGCUACGUUGAUAUCGGAGAAUUGAAGAAGAUCUGCCAGAAACAGAAUCUGCCUCUCGAUGAUGACCUCAUGGAAGCCUUAAUUGAAGAGUGUGGCGGGGACGCUCAAGGCAGAAUAAAACACGCUGAGUUCAUGCGCUUCCUCACCUGGGAUUAGAACAGCCACUGAUGUACUUUGGAUCUGGAUUGGGAACAGCCUUUUCUUGAAGCCUUACGUGAUUGAACCCAACUGAAGUUAAACCUUGGCACAAAAAAAACACUUCCCUACUUUAAAGACUUGUUGUAAAUGAAAACCCACCAACAAAUAGUUAUUUUUCCCAGUCCAUGGAUUUACUUUGGAGUUAUCCAAGCUGUAGACAGCUUCUGAAGAGUAAAUUAUUCUAAUUCACCUCGGAAAAGUUUCCCUCAAAAUUGUUACAAACUGUGGUAGUCUGCUUUUACUUUGAAUUUAUGGCUUUCCAAAGUGUUCAAACACUGGUUGGCAAAAGCUUGGGAUGUUCCCUUUACAAUAUCAAAGUGUGACAAUAAAAUAGAAAAGUCUUUAUAACUGCAGGAAAAAAACAGUGAAAUAUCCGUCUCAACAUGGAGCAAGUUUUAGUGUGCACCGUGGUUAACUAAAGGUUGACUAUUUUGACUCGAACCCAGGCUAGUCGACCAUUGGUUGACUACGGUGGUCGACCAUUCGGAACCAACCUCGUAACCGUAGUUUCUUUACUGGUCCCAAUAGCCUGUUCCACAUGUGUAAAGAGCAGAAGGGAACUAGCGACACUACAGCGAAAAUGCGGAAGUGUUCCUAAUUGCUGACUAGACUUUCAAACGAGUUGUUCGAGUCGGUGGUCAAUCACUGGUCGACUAAAUGUUCGCACUUGAACUUGCUCCGAGUUAGUGGUCACUGAAACUAUCCUGUUGGGACAACUUAAGUUUGAAUGGGAAGGGUGAAAAAUGCUGUAAUACAAUGAAUGCAAAUCACAAAUUACUUUAAGACUGGCUGAAAUCAUAUUAUGUGUUGAAAUGAGUAUAUAUUAAUACUUGCAGAUGCGCAGAUUAUUUAAGGCUAAACAAAUUCUGUAUAAAGUCUUGAGAAAAUAACGCAUCGAGGACAAACACAGUUUCAAACAAUUUUCGUUUAUGUUUGUUGAUAUUAGUGGGAACAUUUCCUAAUAAAAUGAUUACAACAAUAAAAACUAUUGAACUAUUUAAUGUUUAAGAUACCCUGUGGGUGGUGAAUAUACGAUUUCACGUAUAAAUGUUGUACAUAGUUCUGAAGUUCCCAUAAUUAUAUAGAUAAUUUUUUUUUUUAAUUGUUACUAUUGAUGCAAGUUACAUGUAUAUUUAGUCUUCAGUCAAGGCACUCAUAGCUUGGUACAUAACACAAAUCGCCAGUGGUGGUGCUGUUCUUGUUGUAUGGGAAGCUGUGAGUUGCUUGAAUAAAGGCCAAUGUAUAUACA